AUGAACCACCAGGUACAUAAAGAUGAUAGAAAAACAUUGUAUUUGUUAUUUCGUGUCAUUUCAGAAGCAUCAACACAUGAGUUAGCCAUGGCUUCAUUUAAUAGUGCAAUUGGGUUGACUUCUACUUCAUCAAAUGUUAUAAAUGGUAAUAAUAUCCCAUUAAAAUAUCCCAAAUGGAUUCAGUAUGUUUCAAAAUAUUGGGAUAGAAAAGAAAUAUGGUGUAUGGCGUCCCGUAACGCUUCUACUCAUGGACACCACACAAACAAUUUUAGCGAAGUGAAUGUAAGGUUAUUUAAAGAUAUUGUACUAUCUCGAAAUAAGGCAUAUAAUGCUGUAGCUUUGGUUGAUUUUGUUUGUACAAGCAUUGAAGAAUAUUAUCAAAAACGUUUAAGAAAUUUUGUAAAUGGCAGUAAUUAUACAGCAAGGUAUUUGUAUGAGGAUCAACUAAGCAAAGCAUCACACAUCCAUAAAGAAGACAUUGAAGAAUUAUCUGAUAACGUCAUAUUGUUCAAAAUUAAAUCCGAAAAUCAAAAUUUAUAUAAUGAGGUUGAUGGCUCUGUUGGAUUUUGUACGUGUCCUAAAGUUAAAAUGGGUGGUUUUUGUAAACACCAAGCAUCUGUGUAUCACCAUUUUUUACAAGCAAUGCCAAAUUUACCUCCAAUAAGUGUUGAUGCUCGUUAUUCUCUAGCUAAAUUAGCUUUCGGCUAA